UCGGUUAGAGACGAAUGGUGGACAGCAAAACAGUUGUGACCAUAAUACAGUGCAAUUACAUCCCUAUUCGCGGGAAUUUGGCUGCUAAAACAGUUAAUAGUCACAGUUUCCAAUUUCCGACCCUCUAUCAGAAGCAUUACAGCAUUAUGAGCCUGAGCUUGAUUCAGAAAAUUCUUCCGCUGGCCAAGAGCAGCACUCCGGCGCUGCAGUCCGUUCGCUUCAAGGGCAAAAUCAACAUACAGCGACCCAAGGAGCCGCACUACGAACGUGCCCGCGUCGUCGCCGUUACACAGCCAAAGUACCCGGAGCCCCCAAAGGCAAAAAGCUGCUUCAAGACACGCGCUGAGCGCACGCAGCAGCAAAUUGAGAACCCCUACAACGAGAUCAUCGCACGCGAGGUGCGCAACUGGCUGGACCACUCCCGGCUGGUGGCCGUCUUCCACCUAAACUCAAUCACGUCCGACGAGAUCUUCCGUGUCCGUGUCCAGCUGCACAAGCAGAACCUGCACCUCAAGUCCUACGGCCGCAAGAUCAUCAGCCAAGCGGUGGCAGCGACUCGCUACGAAGCCAUUUUGCCGCUGUUUCACUCCAAUCACUGCAUCGUCUUCUCCCCGGACCAGCAGACGAUUGGCUCCCUGCUGAGGAUCACCCGAAAGGUGCCGCAAAUGGUUCUGCUUGGAGGCGUCGUGGAGGAUACCCUUCUCAGCCGGAAUGAGCUGAUGGCCUACGCCCAGUUGCCCGGUCUGCAGGCGGUGCAAGCGCAACUCGUCCAGACCCUCAACCAGGCAGCUGGUCAUCUUGUGCAACAAAUGCAGGCGCAUCAACAAAGCUUCGUUCAAGUCCUGGAUGUCCAUGCCAAGGGUGAAGUCAAGGAGACAACGCCGGAGUUAACAGAGGAGCCGAAGUGAAACCAAGUUUGUUAAAUAACAAGUUAAUCGAAAAUUUUA